UGCGACACGACCGUGCGUCCCGGAGCCAAAGUCCUACGAUCGAGCCAUGUGUCAUGUUUUCAUCACAGAACACAACUGUCAACUGACUCCCCCUCGCUAGAUCAUUCAUUAUGAAUGAAUAAACUCCCUGAAAAGUGCAGUAUUCGCGCGUUUUAAGCUGAAGGACAGCUUUCGCCGAGUGUCUAGUUUUUCUCGUGGCCGUUGACACUGCAGCGUGCGGGUCCCGCAGUGCGCGAGUGUGUGCUUGAUUGGCGAACAUACUCUACAGCAUCAGCUGAGCCGCGUAAACAUUGCUCUCGCAUAGUUUUCCCUGGACUUACGGAUGGCGUCCGCUCACGUGUCCCCUGUCUGAAUUUCAAACUGCACCAAAAAGGAAAUCAAGAUGAGGCGACUUAUUUUGCUACUGUUGACAGGGACCGUGCUGGCUGUGGAAGUUCAUUUUGAAAAUAAGGACAGUGGAUUUUUUCUUAAACACACGGCAAGAUGGAGUAGCGCAGGCCCUCCACCAGAGCCCACGAGUACAGCCUUACCGGGUGCUUUAUUAUCUCUCGACCGCUUUACUGUAUUACAAGGGUCAGCACCAGCGUCUGUAAGGGCAACGUACGGCCCGUUUUCCACUAAGCAGACUGUACCUGCGCGUUAUGCUGUCCCAGAUCCCCUUGAACCACCUCGAAGAAAUGCUACAUUACUGGAACUUCAAGAUGCCACCGCGCAUAGACUCGAUGUAUCCGCUCACCUUGUAUUCAAAGAGCUACCUCGAGAUUCGCCUGUAUUGCGAGUAUUGUUUCAUACCGGGGGAGAGGGUGGAGCAAGACGAGCUGCUGCGCGACCUAGACGUGUCUGUAUAACUCUUCAUGCGAUGUUAGACUCUCGGUCUUUAUCAGCGACAUGUGGUCCUGAAGGUGAAGAGGGGGCUUGCUUAGCUGAAUUGACAAUACCAGCAGCAUGGUGGCCUGCAGAUGGUAAAGGGAAACGUCCACCACGCACAGUUAAACUGACAUAUAGUGCUGCAGAAGCGGGUAAUGGGGAAUCUAGUGAUGGUGCUUGUGGACGAGUGUCUGUACAGCCCGCGUGGCCUUUGGGUUCCGUGACUCUGGCGGGAGCUCGGGCUGGAUACCGAGAAGCAGUGGCAGGGGAUGCUGCUCUACUCCUACCGAGGGCACCAUUAUAUCCGCAUUCGAGAAUACACCUUCCGUUCGUAGUCCGUCGAGAUUCUACUCAUGAUGUUGGCCAUAUUGUGAUCAGAAUGAAAGUGAAGUCGGGGCUGCGUCUGGUGAGCGUCACCGCUUCAAACUCGCGAUGGGCGGUCACCGCGGAGGUGAAGCCGAGGGCCGCCACCGUCACCGCCACCCGGCUCGAACAACCCUUGCGCGACGAUGACGGACUCGACACGGACAUGGAAGAAAACAGUGGAGCUGGCGGUCCGGGUUGGGAAGAAGUUCUGACGUGGUUGGUGGAAGUGGGGGCAGAGAGUGAGGGGGACGCGGAAGGGUCAGAAGGAGAGUCCGGACGCGGCACGGCUCGCCUCAGCUGGAUCGUCAGAAUGUCAGCCAACCCCCCGUCUGGCUCCACCACGGAAGGCCCACCGCCGGAACAUAGAGCCAACACGCGACUUGAUAUCGAGAAAGAUGACAUUCAAGCUGUGCUGCCUAUUUCAAAGAACUGGGAAGUUCUGAACACGGCGGUGCUGACUGGGCGCCAGGUGUCGCAAGCUAUGAAGGUUCUCAUCGUGUCUCAGGCCGGGCAGGUAGCUGACGUCACGCUGCAGAGUUCGUGCCACUCGGAAGACGAGAGCGUGCUCAAGGUUUCGUCUUCAUGCAGUUCGGUUUACGUGGACGGCUCUGAGAUAAGAGGCUCAUCAAACGCGUCCGUCAUUGUGAAAUACGGCACAUACACCGGCCUGGCCCGCUUCACUGUGUGGAUGCCUGAGAGCCCGCUGGAAAUCGAUGUCGAUGACAACAGGCUGUCGCAGAUCAAAGGUUGGAAAGUGUCGGAUGACUCGAGUAUCAAGGAGAGGCUUAAGCGGUCGCUGUCUGCGAGAGGGUGGGGUGGCUCUAGGCCUGAUGGCACCAACGCACUGACCGACCAACGGACUUGCCGGCUGAGAUAUCAACAGAGCAAUGUCGAGGUGUAUGCACGAUUCCUGGCUAAAGACCAUGACUCUGGGCGCGUAUCAUACUUCGUGUCUCGUCGCACCUGGCUCAAAGUGACGGAGCUGGUGUUAUCUCUGAUGCGGGUGUCGGACCCCAGAAUCGCUUCCCUGAGGGGGCGCGUGCUCCAAGGAAGAAGUACUGGGCGUACUGAAGUGCAAGUGCUAUCUCCUAUAACAGGCCGUGUAAUCGGCGUCAGAGAGAUCCGUGUGGUAAACGACAAGGUGUCCAUCUCCCGACUCUUGGUGCGGGUGAUAUCAGGACUACAGCUGAACAUAUCGCCCGAUACUGCAGGCAUUGAGAACGGAUACGUAUCGGAAACUACCGUUACUAGGAGGCUCACUGCACAAUAUCAGGAGGGCCUUCUAGAUAUCGACAUAGAAUUUUCUGACGGCAGUCGCACAGCGUUGAGAGAUGUCGCUGUAUCUGAUUACUACCUAUUAGUGGAGAGCUUGGACCCCGAAGUGGUCGCGUUUGCGCCCAUGUUGGCUUCACGACACCCGAGGGUUAUUGCUGUUGGAGAAGGCAGUGGAGAACUUCUUCGAGUGACCCUCCUCACCCCGGAACAAUGCCGUUCGGGUCCUCUCCGUCGCGUAGCUUUACCAGGAAAAGGCGACAUGAAGACCCCAGCUAACAUCAAGAACAUACCUGGAGCUUUGGCCAGUGCUGCGGCGAGUGUGGACGUGGAUUUCAGUGGUGGAGAUAUACCGCAAAGACCUGACACUCCUCAGAACGAUGAUAUUAUGGCCCGUGGCGGAUUGAGGUCGGGGUUGGCUGAGAUUGGAGAUAUGAUAAAAGGUCACUCCUCAAUGAAGGACGAGAACAACCGCGAGCCGAUAGUCCAGCCUCAACAAUACGGCUCCAUCUUCCGCAACAGCCCACCGCACCACGCACCGCAACCACAUGUUACGCCCGUCGAAAUUGGAAUGUAUGUUCUACUAGGCGCAUUCUGUUUCGCGAUUGUGGUGUUCGUAGUAUCAUGCGUGGUAUACGCGUCCCGCCUCAAGCCUGUGGGUGCUGAGUCCAGCCCGGGCGGUGCUCGCGGGCUGCCCGCACUUGCCGAAGGCGGGCGGCUUCAAGUCGCUGGGCUCGUUGGUACUACGUUAGGGUUAGCUCGGGACAAACAAACGAGGGAUUCCACUACUAACGCUCAUGAUUGGGUGUGGCUUGGACGUGCGACGAUAGAACGCAACGGUAACCGCCACCCAGCCAACCGCAGCUCAGCCCAGCCUCCAGACAACGCGAAUGCCAACGAAAUGCGUAUCACGGCCAAUCCUUUAAACUACAAUUAUGUGGACCCUGAUGAUGCUAUCAGAGACAACGGGAAUGUCAUGGUGACAAGCUUCGAUAACCCCAACUCGAUUGAGCUGCCCUCACAGAACGAUAGGAGAGUGAUCGAUUCGACGACAUACUGCAAAAAAUCGUCGCGACAUAAUCGGAGCCACUCAGGAGACGGGCAUUGGCAGGCGGAUGGUCCCAACCAAGACGACUACCGGCCUCCAGUGCCGCCACAUCGCAACUCAUCUUCUACUCCUCAACCCCAGCUGCCACCACCACGGAACCCCAAAAUUUUACCCGAAACUGUCAUGCCACCAUCGCGAAGGAACCACUCCCGGAAUCACCAUAAACGACACGACCGCGAUCAUGACUCCCGGAGGUCCCCGGAACAUGGUCGCCGCACAGACAGAAUUAUUGAUUUGAACAAAGCUGACGCACCUUACUUAUCGAGCCGAGACGUGAAACGAGAUUCGAACCCGCUAUCCCACGAACUAGCCGACAACCCUGUAGAAAAGCUUACCAACAAGGAGGACUGCUCCCGCCUCUUCGAAUUCGACAAUGACGCUCCCCUCGUGAUGGAAAACAAGGAUUAUCGGGAGAUCGUUGGGCUCAACAGAGGCACUGACGACUCCCGCCGCACCUUCGCUAAACCACAGAGCCCAGACUACAUGCAUGACUCCGGAAUAGGAUUACCUGAAGUGCAGAUGAGGCACAAAAGGGUGAAAGAGCCAAAAGGCGACUUUGUUGAGGCUUCAAAUCAAACUAAAGACAGCAGUUCCCCGGAGGUGAAGCGUGCCACCAUCGUGGGGAACCCCAUGUACUCGCGCGGCGGCCCCGAGCCGGAGCCGCUCGGCAUCGACGAUCUCCACAUGGACUACGACCAGAUCAUGCACUAUUUCCACAACCUCAAGGAAUCAAACGCCUGAGUAGAGCAGAUCAUUGCAAAGAUCCGGCAGAUAUUGUCUACGUUUAAAUAUCAGCAUAUCAUCAAAGCUCCUCCAAUCGACGUAUACAAUGCGCCCCCCGCCACGGCCGGGGCCGGCCUCGAGGAUAGUACCAUUGACAGACACAACAACAACGCGUUGCCGACCGACGCACACAUUUACCAAAACGUUAACAACGGUAACGCGGUCGCGCCCGCCACGCUUUGCGAUUCCAUCGCGCACAAAAACAUUUUCAUGACAAAACAACUGGAAUUCCUAUUGGAACACUUGAGCGAAGCUUACGAAUGAAUUUGUUCGAUGUCAAUGUAUUAUCCUCAAACAAUAUAUGUCUAUAUUUGGAUCCUUGCAGUGAUCGGAAACGAAAAUAUUCAAAUGUAACUGAUUUAUACAUAUAUACUAUCGUUAAACGUAUAUACUCUAGUCAUCUACAAAGCUGCACAUAUUUAAAAACCUAAUAGAAAAUAAUUGUGUGCAUGUAGUUAAAUACUCAUUAUGUCAAUGAUAUUAGAUAUAUAUAUAUAAUAUACUUACUUAAACAUGCAAUGUGUUAAAUGUAUGAUUGAAGUCCUCCAAACGAUGCGGACCCUCAACUUGUAAUUCUUGCCUACGGCAACAACCUUGACGCUGCCACUUAUAGUCCCACACCAAAUAAAGAAUGACUUUGCAUUUGCUCUAGAUUUGUAAAUAUCUUUCCACUAGAAGGUAAAUACGCUACCUCACGUUUAUCUUAUAGCUUAGCUUAUUAUUAUUUAACUUGUUUUGUUCGAAUCAGUAAGUUACUUCCACGAAUUGAGGAACGCUGAAAUUAGUUUUUAAGACUGCAAAAGCCAGUGUUUAGGGAAUUAAUCAUAGCGUUAAGAUAGAUUUAAAUCACAGAACUAGUCAAAUAUAUUGUAAUACUAACUAACAAGAGCUACUGUUUUGCUCAAAGCUGUUAUACUUUUCUCCGUUAACACUGCCGUAACGCCCAGAUACAUACUUAAUUGACAUAUCUACGGUAAUAACUAUGUAAGAAAAAAAAAUGAUUACUUACAUUUUUUUUGUUGAAAUACUAACUUGAAAACCAAUGAGCUCAUUGCAACGCUAAUUGUUUUCAAGUAGCUGUACUAAUUUCAGUUCAUUACUCUAUAACCGAAUAUCCAAAACCUUUAGAUGAACUGGUGAUGAGUAUAAUACAAUUUAGUUAAAGAUAAAAGUAUAUUAAAAUUUUGCGAAUUAUCGAACAAAGAGAAUGGUUUUAACUUGUGAUAAAAUGACUGCUACUUACGAUUGAUUUUAUAUGCGGUCUAUUUUAUAAAUAAAAAGCCAUAUCAUAUUAUGAAAUUAGCGCUUGUAUGAUAUUGUAAACACUAUAUUAUUUAUUGAAGAUGUACAUUGCAUUUACUCGGUAAGAUUAGUUCAUUAGGCUUUGUAAAUAUUGUUAUGACGUUAUAUAAUUUAUAGAUAUGUGAAGGGGACAAAUCAGUAAUAGAAAUGAAUGUGGUAGAGUCGCUUAACAUAAUUAUGGAAAGAGUAGACUUGCACACUAUAUUGAAAAUGUUUCAUGUCUGUUACAGUACACAUAAGUAACUAGUGUAUGUUUUGAUCUCGUAAUUGUGUAUUGAUGUGAUCCUAAAUAGUUCAGAAGACGUCAGAAAAUAUGUUAUUUUAGUGGAAUAGGCGACCAGUUAUUGAAGCAUUUUGUGUAUCAGUUAAUUCCUUGUAUACUGAACGCAUUGUAAACAAGAUAAUCUAAAUUAUUGUACGGCUACCAUGAGUUUUGCUUGUCUAGAAUCACUAGGGCGGAUAGUUAAGACAUUUAUGAAUUAUACACAAGUUUUUCACAAUAAUCUUUAGGGAUGUUGCAAAAUAAAAACUUAUGGUAGCUUUACUACUAGUGUGUUGUUUGGCUUUCGUCGUUAGGUUAGGGAAGAGUCACAAGAUGUAAGUACUCUACGCUGUAGUAUUUGUUACUGUAACAUUUGUUUUUGUUGAGUUUUUGCCAUAAUAUAUAAGAAAGGAGUUUAUAAAUAAAUUAUUGCUACAAGGUUUAUAUACAUGUAUGCAAACUGAGGCUUGUCACGAAAUCCUUUCAUAAAAUGUCAAAUUUAAUAAACCAUUA